AUGCAAACAUUUAAGAGUUUCAAGGUCCUCUCAAUGCUGGGCAAAGGGGCCUAUUCACAGGUUUACAAAGUCCUCAGGAAGAAGGACCAACAAAUCUAUGCUCUAAAAUAAAGUCUGAAUGAACAGUCUAACUAAGAAAGAGAAGAGACAAGUCCUCAACGAGGUUAGACUCUUAGCUUCUAUCAAACACCCUAAUAUUAUCUCUUAUAAACAAGCUUAUAUCGAUGAGGCUACUUCUUGCCUCUGUGCAGUCAUGGAAUAUGCUGACAAAGAAGAUGCGAGCCAAUUGCUAGCCCAGCAUCGAAAUAAAGGCCAAUAUUUCACUGAAAAGCAGAUCUGGACCAUCCUUGUACAAGCUAUCAAAGGACUUAGACACUUACAUGAUUUAUCAAUAAUUCAUCGAGACAUGAAAUCAGUCAAUUUGUUCCUCUUCGAAAAUGGUGAAGUCAAAAUAGGUGAUCUGAAUGCCUCCAAAGUUUCACUUGAAGGACUUGGGUAUACCCAAAUAGGGACACCGUACUACUUAAGCCCAGAAAUAUGGGAAGAUGAGCCUCAUGAACCAAGACAGAUAUCUGGUCUCUCGGAGUUAUGAUAUCUCCUCUUUAAAGCCCAAAGUAUAGAAGAACUGUAUGAAACAGUACAGAAAGGGGUAUUUGAACCAAUCCCUAAUAUUUAUUCAACUGGACUAGCGAGAAUUAUAUCAGCAAUGAUUCAGACAGACCCAGAGGAUAGACCUUCUUGUGAACAGUUAAUGAAUUCUAAACUAUACAUAAAACGAAGUAGAAGGAUUGAUCCUGAAAAUCUCUAUGACCCAGAUACAACUAGGUGUUUCAGUAACGACCAAAGUACCAACUCUGAAGAGCGCUUCGAGCUGUUGGAAACAAUCAAAGUAUCAAGCAAUCUAAGUAUCCAGGAAAAUUAUUUACCUAAACCCAGCUACGACGAACCACUGGUAAGUCUGAAUCCUCCAAUGAAGCUUAAGAAGGCUAGUACAAGGAAGUUUCCCAAAAAUGAUCAACCUAUCAAAAUCUGGCUGGAGGAUUCCUCACCACAACUAGUGUGUAGGGAAGAGAAUAUCAAGAACUCAAAGAAAUGAGGCUCAGAUACUAAUAACUCAUUAGUAGGGAUAAAACCCAUGAGGGACAUGAACGAUACCAAAAAUGAUAAGGGUUGCCCUUCUCAUCAGCUAAAAGUUGAAGAUAAAAUUACAGAUUAUUGCCCAGCUAGCCCAAAGAUGAACUCUUCUAAACAGCUACAGUCGAAGAACACCCCAUAUUUGCAGGAUAUACCGACCAGAAAUCUGGAUAGUCACAGUAAGAAUGCACUGUGCAUUUCUUCGAUAAAUGAUAAUUUAAAGUUCGAUUCCCUUAAUAAUAACAGUUACUCAAAAGCUUGCCGAAGACAAUAUGAAGAGAUGGUUACAAGAUUCAAAAGUCUGACUCCUGACCAUAGCAUUCCUUAUGGCCAUCCCAAGCUUGGCGCUGAGUUUCUUUACUCUAAGGAGUCAGAACAGAACACUCCUAAACCUCUGAAGCUGAAGCGAAAAGUAAUGCAGAUGAAGGAGCCAUACAAGAGAAGCCUUCUUCCUUCUAUUGCAUCACGUAAGCAAAGCUUGCUCUAAAAGUUGAUGAAAGAAAUAAGAGACAAUACUGAGCAAAAAGAAUCCUUCAUAGCAAGGAGUGACAUAGCCUAGAGGUUACUUCAGAACACCGAGGAGUGAAAAUACGAUACGCCAAUGUAGAUAAAAGAGGAUUGAAGAAGAUGCUCAGGAAAGUGAACCGAGUGAUGAAGAGCCCUCCUUUUCGAGUACCAAAAGUAAGAGCUCUCAAUAAAAUCCAUCAUUCAAGAGGAAGGGUUUAAGAAUGAC